AUGGCGGAUCACAACACCAACAAUGACGACGAAGACACGUCCAAGCGCGCAUCCCACUUCAACCAACAGCGCUCUUCGCUCCGCUCAGACCGCAGUUCCUUCCCCAGCACGCGCUCCCGCUCGCGCCCACAGUCCCAGCGCCAUCUCAACGACUUCGACCUCUCCCCGGACCGCGCGGAUGCGUCGUCGCCCGCGCCAAACGUCCCCUACACGCGCUCAAGAGCAAGCAGUAAUGCCAAAGGCAAGAGCCGCGCGCGUCCCUACAGUUCUCGCAGACCUGCCCCUGACCCUGAGGAUGCGCAAAAGUUAGAAGAGCUGCUAGCGCCUGAGACGUGGGCGAAUCCAUACCAGCUCUUGGCACAUGGGCACGGACAGACGGAGUCGUCGACGACGGUCCCGCUUGCGGAUUUGAAGAGUGAGAAGAAGAGGGGGGUGAGGAAUAUUGCGGCGGGAAGUCAGUUGGAUAUCACCGCGCUGCCGAGUAUCACUUCGUCCAAUGGGGAGGGCAUGCAUGCAUACGUGCGCUCGAAACCCACGCCUGCCGCCCAGCGCAAGGCGAGAUACGCCACAGAAUUAUACACGAUUUCGUAUCUGAUCUUCUUCGCAAUCUGGGGCACGCUCGCGCGUCUCGGUCUGCAAGCGCUGACAUUCUACCCGGGCGCGCCCGUAACAUUCUCCGAGCUGUGGGCCAACGUCGCGGGCACAUUUAUCUUCGGCUUCCUGGCUGAAGACAAAUCAUUAUUCGCCGCGGAAUGGGGCGAUCGCGAUCCAGAAACAACUCACGACAAGAAAAGACAUGGAAAGGUGAAAAAGACGAUUCCACUAUACAUUGGCCUCGCGACAGGGUUUUGUGGGAGUUUCACGUCCUUCUCCUCAUUCAUCCGCGACGUAUUCCUCAGUCUGGCAAACGAACUCAAGGCGCCUGAAUACCACCCUUCCCCUUCUCCCUCAUCCCUGACUGCCACCGCACCAAGAAACAACGCCUACUCAAUCCUCGCCGUGCCCGCCACAAUCCUCACCACCCUCUCGCUGUGCUACUGCGCGCUGAAAACCGGCUCGCACCUCGCCAUCCUCCUAAACCCCAUCACACCCACCCUCCCCUUCCGCCUCACCCGCCGCUUCCUCGACCCGCUGUUCGUCCUGCUAGGCCCCGGAUGCUGGCUCGCAGCUAUCCUGCUCUCCAUCCUCCCCCCACAGAACGCAUGGCGCUCGCAAGCGCUCUUCGCAUGCGUCUUCGCACCCCUCGGCUGCCUGCUGCGCUUCUACAUGUCGAAACUGCUCAACCCGCUCUUACCCACUUUCCCGCUGGGUACCUUCGCCGUCAACAUCUUCGGCACCGCGGUGCUGGGCAUGAGCUACGACCUGCAGCGCGUGUCGCUGGCGCACACAGGCGUCGUGGGCGGGACGCUGGUUGGCUGCCAGGUGUUGCAGGGCGUGCAGGACGGGUUCUGCGGGGCGCUGACGACGGUGUCGACGUGGAUUGCGGAGCUGGAUGGGCUGAAGAGGAGGCAUGCGUAUGUCUACGGGGCGGCGAGUGUGGGGGUCGGAUUAGGGCUGGCGGUCGCGAUUAUGGGGGGUGUGAGGUGGACGGUGGGGUGGGCGGAUAUUAUAUGCACGACGUGA